AUGGCAGCCGCGCCACAGAGGGCCUCAAAGGCCAUCCUUGCAGGUCUCGAUACCUCAUUCAAGAACCGACGCUUCUCGACCUCAAAGGGACCUUCAGACCAAGAGAUCAACUCCGCGAUCCACCUUCAAUUCCGGCAGGCUCAUGAGGGUCACAAGCCUCACGCUGGGCUAGAUCCCUCACGUGCUUCUACUGGCGUGGUGUGGACGACGGAGCGGGCCUACGAGCAUGGCUUUGCUGAGGAUCCAUCGAGCUGGGCGAACCUUGGCCAAGGUGCUCCUGAGGUCGACGACGAGAUCGAGGGCUGCUUUGAGCGACCUCACACCAUCGAUAUCUCCGUUGCGAGUCGCGAGUAUGGCCCAACCGCCGGAAUCAAGCCACUCCGUGAAGCCGUAGCCAACCUCUACAACGAGCACCACCGCAAGGGCAAUGAAAGCAAGUACACGUACGAGAACGUGUGCAUUGUCCCCGGUGGUCGCGCUGGCCUCAUCCGAAUUGCCGCCGUCUUGGGUAAUGCCUAUCUCGGCUUCUUCGUGCCCGACUACACGGCCUACAACGAGAUGUUGUCGCUCUUUAAGAACUUCAGUGCGAUCCCAAUCCCGCUCAACAAGGACGACCAUUACCACAUCCACGCCGACAAGGUCGAGGAAGAAAUCCAGCGCGGAACGUCGGUGCUGCUCACGUCCAACCCUCGCAACCCAACUGGCAGGAUGGUAGCCAACCCUGAGCUCGCUCGCAUUCAGGACAUCUGCCGUGAUCGUGCUACGUUGAUUAUGGACGAGUUCUACUGCGGCUACAACUAUACCACGGAUUGUGAUGGCACUGUGGUCAGUGCGGCAGACAAUAUCGAAGACGUAGACGAGGACGACGUGCUCAUCAUCGAUGGACUCACCAAGAGGUUCAGGCUACCAGGAUGGCGUGUUGCAUGGAUUGUUGGCCCAAAGGAGUUUGUUAAGGCUCUUGGGUCGUGUGGCUCUUACCUGGACGGCGGAACGAACGUUGGUUUCCAGGACGCCGCAAUUUCCAUGCUUGAGCCCAACAAGGUGCGCCACGAGAUGAAAGCCCUCCAAAGCCACUUCCGCAUGAAGCGGGACUACGUCUGCGGCCGCCUAGAGGCCAUGGGCUUUGAGCUGCAGUACAGACCAGACAGCACGUUCUACCUCUGGCUGGACCUCCACAAGCUUCCCAAGGGCAUUAACGAUGGCCUGAACUUCUUCCAAGCCUGUCUUAAGGAGAAGGUCAUUGUGGUACCGGGAAUUUUCUUCGACCUGAACCCGAGCCGCAGACGUGAUCUGUUCGACAGCCCCUGCCAUCACUUCGUGCGAGUUUCAUACGGACCCAAGAUGGACGUGCUCAAGGCAGGCAUGGACGGCUUUGAGAGGAUUCUCAAGAAGUACGUUUGA